AUGUAUGUGUGUAUCUAUCUAUCUAUCUAUCUUGUUGCGUUCAUGUUCGUGCUCGUUCGUCGCUCGUCCGCGUUCUUUCUCCUUCGCUCUCUGGAUAUAUUCUGUUUAUAUCUAUCUAUCUAUCUAUCUAUCUAUCUAUCUAUCAGACUAUUCAUAUCUAUAAAUCUAUCUCAGUCUAUUCACAUCUAUCUAUUUAUCUAUCUAUCAAGAAAGAAAGAUUUGCGUGAAAAUGAACACGACAAAUAUUAUGAGGUGUUUCCUUGUUCCGUUAUUGCUGACUGUUGGUAUUGUCAUCAUUUGGUACACAGAUCUCCAUAUAAAGGGAAAAUGAACACGACAAAUAUUAUGAAGUGUUUCCUUGUUCUGUUAUUGCUGACUGUUGGUAUUGUCAUCAUUUGCUACACAGAUCUCCACAAAAAGGCCACAUCCAGGACUGAUCUAUCUAUCUAUCUAUAUAUCUAUCUAUAA